UAUGUGAGAAACCUGUCCCUCAGACCAGACCUAGACAUAGAGAACUAGUUGAACAUUGAUCCUCCUUCCAUAUAGAUCUAGAAACAGUUUGAGUGUAUUAAAGAUGGAAACUGCUAUAGCUGAAGAUGUAUUUGGCUCUACAGAUGAUGGGAUUCAGGUCAACCGAUAUACCCUCAUCAAUGGGGUAAUUUCUCUUCAGGUUAUCAACUACGGGGCUACCAUUACUUCUCUAAAGGUUGAUGGGUUGGAUGUAGUGCUAGGGUUUGAAAAUAUAUUCUCAACAAACAAUGGUGUAAACGCUCUGCACGGUGGGUUGAAGGGUUUGGAUAAGGUUGUGUGGAAUACAGCCGUAUCAUCCAACUCAGUUGUUUUCUCCUACCUGAGCAAGGACGGAGAUGAAGGAUAUCCCGGAGAUGUGCUUUACAACGUGAAGUACUCCCUGAAUGAAAAUGGAGAAGUUCGUUUAGAUUUCUCUGCAAUGGUCUCCUCCGCUACUCCGAUAAAUCUAGCAAAUCAUGUUUACUUUAACCUUGGAGGGCAUACCUCAGGGGCAGCAGGUUUGAAUGAUCAUGUGAUGAGAAUGACAUGUUCCCAUUAUACUCCAGUAUCUGAUAAACUCAUCCCAACCGGAGAAAUUGCUCCUGUUGUAGGAACCAUCUUUGAUCUUAGAUUCCCAACCAGGCUGGGGGACGUGCUACCGAGCUGUCCAGGUGGAGAUAACAACGGGUUCGAUCAUAACUUUGUGGUUUCAGGAGACUCACAUCAGCUCAACCUCGUCUGCAGGGUUGAGCAUCCAACUACUGGAAUAUGGUUGGAAUGCUUAACUGACCAGCCCGGCUGCCAGUUCUACACAGGAAAUUUUAUCCCUGCAAAUGACAGCUUGAAGGGUAAGGACAGAUCUGUCUAUAAGAAGCAUGGAGGUUUCUGUUUGGAAACCCAGAAGUUUCCAAACUCUGUAAAUCAGCCAAAUUUUCCAAACUCUGUAGUUCGACCGGGGGAUGUUUACAAACACACUGUAGUGUACAAACUUGGAAAGAAUUGAGUGUACUGCAGUAUAUUUGUACUACAGAUAGUUUGGUAUGGUUUCGAAUUCGAGAGUUUGUUUUCAAUAAAUUCAUUAGUUAAACAUUUCAUUGUGAUCAAUAAAAAAUAUAUACUGUUGCAUUUCGACAUCAUAAAGAAUAAAUAUGUUUUAUAAGCGUU